AGUCCCCCCCCUCCAUACCCCUCCCCGCCAUGGCAUUUUCCCAGUUGGGCUACCAGUAUAUCCGCCCGCUCUACCCGACGGAGCGCCAAGGGAACAACAGCAGCGGCGGCGGCGGCGGCGGCGGCGCUGGUUCCCGCAACGGAGCCGAGCUGAGCCCGGCCGGUUCGCUCUGCGGCGUCUUGUCUUCCAUGUACGGCGCGCCUUACGCGGCAGCCGCGGCUGCUCAGGGCUACGGCGCCUUCCUGCCUUACGCGGCCGAGUUUCCCAUCUUCCCGCAGCUGGGCGCCCAGUAUGAGCUGAAGGACAGUCCCGGCGUCCAAGCCGCGGCCUUCCCAGCCCCUCACCCGGCUUUCUACCCUUACGGCCAGUACCAGUUCGGCGACCCUUCCAGGCCCAAGAACGCCACCCGCGAGAGCACCAGCACGCUGAAGGCCUGGCUGAACGAGCACCGCAAGAACCCCUACCCGACCAAGGGCGAGAAGAUCAUGCUGGCCAUUAUCACCAAGAUGACCCUUACCCAGGUCUCCACCUGGUUCGCCAACGCCCGGCGCCGCCUCAAGAAGGAGAACAAGAUGACCUGGGCGCCCCGCAGCCGGAGCGAGGACGAGGAAGGCACGACCUACGGCAGCGAGGACGGCGAGGGGGAGAAGCGAGACCCCGACGACGAGGAGAUCGACCUGGAGAACAGCGACAGCGAACCGUUGGAGAGCAGCAACGGGGGGGCGGCGGCGGCGGCGACCGGAGCCGUGGGACAAGCCGGGCAGCUGUUCCUGCGCGUCGGGGAGGAAGAGGAAGAGGACAGGGCGGGCGGCGCGGAUCAGGGGGGCGCGCACCCGACGGCGCUGCGCCUGCCUUCCCCGCGGGAGCCCCGCGCGGGCAGCGACACGUCGGACGAGGAAGAGGAAGAGGAGGAGGAGGAGGAGAGCUCCGACGGCUUCGAGGAGCUGGCCGGCGCUCAGGAGCGCUUCCUGAAGGCGGUGGAAGCGCGGCGGCGCGCCUCGACGGGACCCCCGGCCUCCCCACCGCCUCCGCCUCCUCCUCCUCUCCGCAGCCCCAGCCCGCUCCCUCAGCCCGUCCAGCCGGCCAAACCCAAGAUCUGGUCUUUGGCAGAGACGGCGACGAGCCCGGAUAACCCCUCGCGCAAAACGCCCCCUGGCGGCGGAGGAGGAGGGGGAGGAGGAGGGGGGUCACCCCCGACCGUCCCCCAAUGCCUUCCCCAAUCCGCCCGGGGCGCCGCCGCGCACAGACUGCUCUCCUCCGCCUGCCCGCUGGGCAAGUUCGCCGGCUGGUCGGGCCGGCCCUUCUCGGCCGCCUCCUCCCACCCGCUGACCUUGCUGAACACUCCCCAUCUCUUGGGACUGGCGGGGGGCAACUCCAACACGGCGCCCGCGGCGGCGGCGGCGGCGGCGGCUGCAGCGGCGGCGGCAGCUUUGGCGGCUUUUUCCAGACCGGCGGAUCAGGCGCAGAGCGCGGAAGCCUCCGGAACAGAUCGAUCUAGUGCCUUGGAUGUAGAGAAAAAGUUAAUAAAGACAGCUUUCCAGACAGUUCAAAGGCGGCCUCAGAACCAACUCGAUGCAGCUAUGGUUCUAUCGGCGUUGUCAUCAUCCUAGUUAUUUUUUUUAAUUAUUGUUCUAAUGGUUGUAAAAUAAAAUUAUCUGUAUAGUUACAGCUCGUAAGCAUGUCUGUGUAUUAAAUGAAACAAACAAACAAGUGUGUGUGUGAGAGAGAGGGGGGCAGAAAUUUAACUUCUGUUAAAAACAUCUGGAUUAGCUAAACUCGUGAAAUAUUUUUGGUGCAGCCUGGUGAAAGAUAAGGCGUUCAUUUUCUUUUUUUGUAUAUAGAGUAAAAUAAGCGGCGCACUCACACCCACCCAAAUGUAAAUAACUGUGAACCAAACUGUACAAGAAAGUAUAUAUAUUUUUGGCUAAUAAACUGUUGCCACUUUGACUACGCUUUUUCUGA